AUGUCAAAAAAAGAUCGCCGCCGGGUAUUUUUCGAUGUAACAAUUGAUGGUAACCUCGCAGGUCGCAUUGUGAUGGAGUUGUACAAUGACAUAGCACCACGGACAUGUAAUAAUUUCCUGAUGCUUUGUACUGGUAUGGCUGGAAGCGGUAAGAUUAGUGGCAAACCUUUGCACUAUAAAGGAUCAACGUUUCAUCGUGUUAUCAAGAAUUUCAUGAUUCAGGGAGGUGAUUUUACGAAAGGUGACGGAACCGGAGGGGAAUCGAUUUAUGGUGGUAUGUUCGAUGAUGAAGAAUUUGUCAUGAAGCAUGAUGAACCGUUUGUUGUGUCGAUGGCAAAUAAAGGACCUAAUACGAAUGGUUCACAAUUUUUCAUUACUACAACACCUGCACCACAUCUCAAUAAUAUCCAUGUGGUAUUUGGUAAGGUUGUAACCGGACAGGAUGUUGUAACCAAAAUCGAAUAUUUAAAAACUAAUUCCAAGAAUCGCCCAUUAGCUGAUGUUGUAAUACUUAACUGCGGUGAACUCGUUCGGCGGAAAAAACAGCGGCAUUCUUCUAGAUCGAGUGAAUCGGGCAGUUCUGCAUCGACUGAAAAAAGUCAAAAGAAGACAAAAAAGGCAAAAAUGAAAGAGAAGCGGAAAGAGAGCGAUGAGGUGGAACAUUUAGAAAUUGGUACUGCAGUUCCGGAAGCAGAAUUACAGCUGUCGAGUGUAAAGCCGGAAGAUUUGCCUGAAGAACCGGAGCACCAAAAUAAGUAUCUUAUGAGACGAUCAAAAACACCGGAAAAUUCGAAGAAAGAAAAGCGAGAGAAACCACGACAAUCACCUCAGCGUUAUUCGCGACGCGAUAUUGGUCAACGUUUGAAUCGUAUGCGGAGAACACGAACUGGACACAAAAUAAAGGGACGCGGCGCACUUCGAUUUCGAACUCCAGAAGGCAGUAGUGAUCAUGAUGGAAGUCGUACGCCUCCUCAUUGGAGACGUGAACAGAAUCGUGUAAUAACACUUGACGAAUUGCAUCGUUUGCAAGAGAAAAGGAAGGCAUAUGAGCUUGAAGAGCUUGAGAAUCCGAAAAACUAUGCCAGCGAUAAAGGAAAAACUGACGUUUUAUUAAAUAUAUCUAAGAAGACUGAAAACAAGGAGGAAAGAUAUCGUGGUAGGUCGGAAAAGAGGGAAAAUCGGCAUGAGCGAAGUAAACAUACAACGCGACGGUCACCGGAGCAUAUAACACGACAUUUUACUAGGGAAAAGCUUCGCCGUAAAAUUGAUGAGACCGGGGAUAGUGAAGAUGUGAAACGAAUAAAAAAAGAUCGACGAGAACGAGCCGUUGAAAAAGAGAAAAUUGAGAAUGGUGAAAAAGUUGCUGCAGCAGAUGAAUUAAAUUUGGAUGAGCCAACAGUGGAAGUUAUAUUGGAUAGCGCCGAAGACAUUAGGGACAGUGAUGAUGAAGCCAUCAGGGUCCAUUUAUUAAAGGCAAAAGAAAGAGCAGAAGAGAAAGCGAAACAUGAAGCGAAGAUGAUUGAAAAGAUUGGUGAUAGUAAUGAGCGAGAUCAAAAGACAACUUCUGAAGAAAAACAAAAGAAUAGUGCCGAAAGGAGUGUACAGCAUCUAGAGCACAAAGGUGAUGAGCAUGAAAAAAGAACUGCCGAUGGACAGGACAAGAAUCAAAUUGCAGAAGCAGAAACGGGGGGUAAACGACAUCAACGGAAAAGCGAUAGCAAGGAUCACAAAGGAAAGACAGAACAUAUCAGUCGGAGCAUCGAGGAAAGUGGAAGACGGAGUACUAGUCAAGAAAAACUGGACGAUUUGAAACGAAAGGAAAUUUCAGGCCAAAAAAGUCAAACUGAAUGUGAGCGAAUUACGGAAACACAAACAAGUCAAAGCGAUUCCAAUAAGAGUGAUAAUGUGAAGGUGUCAAUAAAUGGAAAGUUACAGGAAGUUCCAACUAAUAAGGAGAAUGAAGAAGUUUCAGAGCAGAGAAGUUUAAAAGCGGAAUCAUCGAAAUCAGAAGAAAGUAAACAGCAGACAAGUGAAUCAUCUAGAAAACGAAAGAGUGGUGAAAAGUUGAAGGAAGUUAAACGGAGUGAGAGAAGUUCUAGUCGAAAACGCCGAAGCAGAAGUAAUAUCCGUAGGCGAAGAAGUUCGAGUCGUCGUUCAAAGUCGCGUGAUCGGCGUCUUAGGUCGCGAUCACAAUCGAGAGGUCACGUUCGUCGGUUUGAAGGAUGGUCGCGCUCUCGUCGGCCAACUAGACGAGAAUUGUACGAUGAACGCAUGCGUCGAGAGCGUGAACGUCGUCGAAGCUUCGAUAAAUAUUCGGAUAGAAGACGUACUAGAAGUCGAAGUGCUCGACGGGACAGUAAUCUGUACUCGAGACAUAGCCGAAAACGUACACCAUCUUCUUCAAGUAGUAGCAGUCACAGUUCGUCAAGCGAUUCUCGGAGCAGUGCUAGCAGCAGCGCAUCAUCAAAACGUUCGAGCAGUUCAGAUUCAAGCAGAAGUUCUCAGAGCAGAAGCUCCAACUAG